UGCAAAUAAAAGAAAAUGUGAGUACCUUUAUUAUUAUUCUUGUUACUUAUUUUUAUUAAUUUGUUAAUCCACGUGUUACCUAAAUUAUUGUUUAAUAAAUGCAUAGGGAUAUCCAAAAGCAGUCUGGUAUAUAUUCGGAAACGAACUUUGUGAACGGUUUAGUUAUCAUGGUCUUAAAACUAUUUUGGUUUUAUUUUUUACAACAAUUCAAAAAUAUGACCACGAUACUUCCACGAUUAUAUUUCAUAUGUUUUUGAUCUGUUCAUUCCUAUCACCAUUGUUGGGAGCCAUCAUUGCAGAUUCAUACUGGGGAAAAUAUAAGACUAUCUUCAUCUUGUCUAUUAUACACGCAAUGGGAAAUAUCUUAGUGGCUAUUGCAUCUCUUGUGACUUCAGUCAGUAUAGAUUUUCAGAGAUCAUUUACAAUAAUUGGAUUAUUGUUAACAUCGAUCGGAGCAGGUGGUAUAAAACCAUGCGUCUCUGCUUUUGGAGGUGAUCAAUUUGUGCUGCCAGAUCAAGAACAUCAGUUGCAAAUGUUUUUUUCGAUAUUUUACUUUACUAUCAAUUUAGGGUCAUUGCUAUCGUCGUUCAUUACACCGGAACUGAGGAAAUCGGUUCAAUGUUUUGGUAAAGAUUCAUGUUUUCCAUUAGCAUUUGGGGUACCUGCUAUUCUUAUGGUGAUUUCAAUGGUAUUCUUUAUAUGUGGCAAAAAUCUGUACAAGAUCAUUAAACCUAAGUCCAGUAUCAUUACAACUUCAAUUGGAUGCAUAUGUCAUGCAUUGAAAAAAAAAAUAACCACUUCUUCAAAUGAAGAGAAAAGGAAAUAUUGGUUGGAAUAUGCAGAUGAUAAGUACAAUACACAACAAAUAUCUGAAUUGAGGUCAGCAUUAACCGUUAUGUAUUUGUUUAUUCCAGUCCCAAUGUUUUAUGCACUUUUUGAUCAACAAGGUUCUCGUUGGAUUUUACAAGGAACUCUAAUGAAUGGCAAGAUAGAUUUUUUAAAUUGGUCUAUAAAGCCUGACCAAAUGCAUUUAAUUAAUCCCUUGUUCGUUUUAAUAUUUAUACCACUUUUUAAUGCCAUAGUCUAUCCACUUUUGUAUAAAAUUGGUAUAAAUACACCUUUAAAAAAAGUCACUCUAGGGGGGCUCAUUGCUGCAUCAUCGUUUGUGUGUGCUGCAGUUGUUCAAUACACGAUAAUUGGUCAAACUUUUACAAUAUCGUCAAAUGAAGGCCAAUUAAGAAUAUACAAUAAUUUUGAUUGUAAUGUAUCCGUAUCCAGUUCUUUGGUUGGAAACUUCAAUAUUGAACAGUUAGAUGUAGUUCAUAUUAACUAUAAUUCAACUGUAUUUAAUGAGACUGAUGUUUUAUCUAUAGACUUGCAUCCUAUGUGUAAAUUAAAAAUGAAUACUCUGAAACAAAAUGUUUUCAUCGAUAAAGGAAAGGUUUCAUCAUAUUUUUUAACUUAUAAAAUUGAUAAUGAAAUUGAAUUAAAACAUUUGAACGAAUUGAAGAAACUAAAGAGUGGAAAUUCAAAUCUUAGGAUUUUGCAUGAUAAUUUCUUCAGUCAAAGGAUUACAUUAAAGAACACUAAUAAUAAAUUAUCUGAAAUAAGCUUUUCACUUUCAACAAAUCAAGAUCAAAAUUACGAAUUACCUUUCGGGACUUACGACAUAUACAUGGACAAUGAACUGAUAUUGCAAAACGUUGAUUUUCUUCCUGUUAGUAUUAAUGAUCUGUUAUUUCAUCAUAAUUUUAAUCAAACGAAAGCCAAGUUAAUCACCUUGGAAAAGGGUAAAUAUAUCCAUAUUCUAUGGCAAGCUCCGCAAAUCAUUUUAAUUACAAUAGCUGAAGUAAUGUUUGUGGUUACAUUAUUGGAAUUCUCAUUCACUCAAGCUCCAUUAAGUAUGAAAUCAUUUCUUUCAGCAGCCAAUUUAUGUACAACGGCAUUUGGUAAUUUACUUAUAAUUUUUAUUUCGAAAAUGGGACAAUUUGAAAAUCAAGGCCAUGAAUUCCUAUUUUAUGCAGUUUUGAUGGUUUUGGAUAUGAUAAUAUUUAUGCUGAUGAGCACCAAAUACAAAUAUAAAUGUGUAAUUAGUAAAUACCCAAUGAACAGCAAUCUUUAAAUGUACUUCAUUUAGCAUAAUGAAACGUUUUCAUGACAUUGACAUAUCAAAAUAUUUUACUAAGUAUAGACAAGGUAUAUGUAAUAAAGAUUUAAAAUAUGGAUACAUCUUAAAGACUAAUAGUUUACUAUAAUGGCAUUCGGCAGAUGAGGAUUAAAACAAAUGUAUUAUUACAAGAACCUAUGUUUUUUUUUUAACAAAUUGGAAAACAAAUUUUUAUUUGUGU